AUGAACCUAACAGAUGGAAGUCGUAAAUUUCGCUCCUAUCUCCCAUGUCCCUAUGCUGUAGCCAGCUCUCACGCAGUCAGUGUAUCGAAACAGCUCCCUCGUGCUUUACCAAUAAAGAUCAUCCAAGCACAAAGCUCGUCAAAGGAGAAUAAACGACGAGGCUAUAAAGGCGAGCUGGAGAACAAAGUAAGCACAUGGAACUUCGAUACCGCC